AUGUCUCAAGAAAAAAUCACAAAAAUAAUCAAAGAAAUAAAUACCUUAAAAACAAGUUGUGAAAAAUUAAAUGUUCAAUUGGAAGAACUUAUCACUCAAAAAGUAGAAAAUGAAAUGCUACUAGAAGAUGUCAAAAAAUUAGAAGAUGAUGCAAUUUUACACAAACUUGUAGGUUUAAUCUUAGUGAAGGAAGAAAAAAGUAAAUGUUAUGAUACCAUAACUAGAAGAAUACAUUAUAUUAGUGGAGAAAUUGAGAGCAGGAAAAAAGUUAUUAGUAACUCAGAAGAAAAGUUGAAAAAACUUUUUAGUGAUCUGGAAAUGUAUACAAAUCAAAGAAAAAUUGCUAUUCCUCAAGCUUAA